AUGCAUCCUUUUUGAUCAUGGAUUACCGAGAAAACACUUAACAUUUACGUAGCGGAAGUUGCAUCUAAAUUGAAAAUUAUAGUUGUUCUUUUCACUGCUGCGCCAAAAGGAUCUGUUCGUGCAUACGAAUUGUUUUGAUAAAUUUGAAGUGCGGACACAAUUUCUUCAAGAUUAGCGUGUUUGGUGUCACAUAGCAGUCGUGCCUUUUCAAAGAAUAAGAGCUGUUUGGAAGACUGUCAGUCUUAUUUCACAUACUUGACUGAAAACUUUCAUUUCAACAUAUAUUUCAUAAACUCAAACGUACUGUGCUGAAAGGUAUAAAAUGGAAAACGUAACCAGAGACACCAGCGGAACGUUGAUUACAAAAACCAUGUCCACCAAUGUACCUGCGGAUACGAUACACGUAAAAUCCACAUUACCAGUUGAUAUUUCUACAAAUGGACACCUUUACUACUAUAAUUACACCUUUUAUGAGUAUGACUAUGGAGACGAGUUACUGUAUCCAAAAUAUGUAUUUGAAAGCACGGUUUAUUUGUGUGUCUGGAAUAUAUUAGUCAUAAUCACAUGUCUUAUGAACAUCAUGGUUGUAUCUAUUUUGCUUCGUCGCAAAAUGCGAAACACAACGAACUCGCUGCUUGCCGCGAUUUCUGUUUCUGAUUCAAUGACUGGUUUAGUUUCGCUGCCUACAUACAACCUGAUAUACUGGAGAUACGAACAAUACGACACAUCUUAUAAUGAUUAUGAAUAUUUUGAUUACGAGAACCAAACAAUUGAUAGUUACUUUGAAACAAAUAUCUUCAACUAUGACAUUGGGGAAGUGGAGGAACCAAUAACUGGUAUUGGGAUGGAUAAAAACCUUUGCCAUGGAUUUCUUAUUUCAAAACAUUUCUUGUCUCCUUCUUUCCACACUGUUUCAAUAUUUUUGACAUUAUAUCUUGGAAUUCAGAGAUAUGUGUGUGUAGCUUUCCCAUUCAAAUCGAAGCAUAUUUUUAGUGUAAGGAAAAUAAUUGUGUCCUUUGGGCUGAUUUGCGCAUUAUCCCCAGUUCUUCAUUUAUAUAACAUUAUUAUUCGCCUAAGUACAGAAUACGGACUUUGUGCUACUCUAUAUGAAGACACAAGCAGUUGCACAGGAUAUUGCAUUUACAUGUGGUUCAAUGUGUUAAUUGGUCAUAUUAUACCAUGUGUUAUGCUUUUGAUCUUCACAGUUCUAUUCAUUAGGCACUUGCAAAUACGAGAAAGAAAUCUUAGGGCAAAAGGUAGUCGUGCUUCACUAAUGUCCAGGCGAAUUAGUGAACAUCGACGCAUGUCAGUCAUUGUAACUCUUAUUGCUAUUAUAUUUCUGAUUGCAGAGUUGCCAUAUGGACUUUAUAUACUAUAUAACAUUGCUCUGGAAACAGUAAAUGCAAAAGGUGUUGAACGUACAGGCCUCGAAGCAAACAGAGCAGUUCGUAUGUCUUAUGAGAUAUUGCUUCUAUUUUCUUUCAAUGCAAAUUUCUACAUCUAUGCCUUUCUCAAUCCUAGAUUUCGUGCAUGUUUACACAGUACAUUUGUCAGGCCAGUUCAGAAAUUUAUUUCUAGAGUCAAAAACAGCAAACAAAAAGAGGAAAACGGACACGAACUAUAGUCACAAAUAGAAAAAACUCCAACUAAUCUCAUAGACGUAAAGUCAAAAAUUGCAACCCAUUAGUGUAACAUAAAAACGACGUCAAAAUCAGUAGUUUACACAUGAUAAAAACGGGACGUCUAAAUGCUAUUAUUUCAUUUCAGGCAUAUUUUUGUUUUAUGUUAUAUUAUAAAAAAACAAUGCAUAUUUAUAUUAAAGCAUACAUUUAAAUGUAAUAAAAACAUUUUAACAGUACAGAAUACCUUUUAUAACAUCUGAAUGUUAAAGAACAGUUUUCUGUCUCGUAAGUUUGUGUUUCUUUAUAACUGUGAGAUUUCACCCACAAUGUCAAGAAUGGUUUCGUGUAAAUAAACGGUAACGAAAUAGAGUGUUUGCAAUCAAUUUCUUUAACAACACACAUUAUUAAACUUGAAUUAGUGCGCGUUUAUUUUUUUUUUUCAUAAUCAUCUUGUAUGACAGAGUUUUUGUUUUCAGAUAGUAAAGACCGCGGUAAAAAAUCUGUAAUAUACAUAUCAGACCUAUCUAUCAUUGUAGGUAUAUUCAUUGAAUUUUGCCGUUAUUGAAUAAAAAAAAGACAAUAAAACGCAUAUUGACGUUAUUUUCUUUUGACGUUAGAUUUUUUUAAAGUGUGACAAUUUUAAGAACUCAUCUGUAAAUUAAAUAUCAUCUUUGAAAGCAUUUUCAAAAUUAGACUUUCAUUUACAGAGAAAAGUAAGCGAAAUUGAUCAAACUUGUUAAAAUACAAAAAGGAAAACAGUUUUUUUUUUUUGUUAUCGCAGUUUACAAAACAUGGUUAAUUUUUUUAUAUGUUUAAUAAUUGAAAACGUGACAAUUUUAAGAACUUGUAUUCCUGUAACUACAAACAAAGAAAAGGCUAAGGCUAAUGUUAAGCUUAGCGUUGCUUAUACAGAUACUGUGAAAACAGCGAAGUAAAAUAAUCUGAAAAUAGUUAGAUUUUAUCAGAUAAUUAAUUUUUCUCAGCAUUUUAUAGCUCAACAUGUCUUAAUUUUGUAUUAUUUUAAGUGAAAAUUACAUAACUCAACGGCCGCGGAAAUCACAUCCAUCUUGUUUUUUAACGUAUUCACAACCGUCAAAAUUAUUUUCACAAACGUUAUCACGUUCAUUGACAAAGCAUGCAAAAUUUGCCGCAAUUUCAGUCACUUAAAAAUACUGUUUGUUUUAAUAUAUUGUUACAAAUUACAUACACUUUUUCGUCAGUUUUUUCACGCAAUUGGUGUUGUUUUUUCAUAUAACUGUGAUUAAACGGUAACUUUUUUAAUACUUUACUACAGUCUAGUUAUUGCUGUAUAUUUUGAUACUUUUUUCAAGAAAGUAGGAUGAAUAGUCAUUAAAAACUUUACAUUUAUUUAUAUCACUUCAAAGAAUUUUAGCAUGGGUCGCAACUUUUGACGUUACGUCAUAAUAAGAUAACAAGAUAAAAGGUAAGGGUAGAUUUCACGGGAGCACAUAGCACCCAAAACACAGCCAUAGAGUCAUGCAUCGCAAAGUAGGCUCACAACAAAAAGAAGCUGUUUCGGAAAAAAUACUGUAAACGGGUUGCUUCAAAAAUCCAACAACAAGUACAUUAUAAAUAUAUGCAAAAUACAGUAAAAUGGGGAUGGGGUGGUGAGGGGUAGAUAAAAGGAUCGGAUGUUGGGGGAAGGUGGAGUAAGGAGCAAGCUUUUCUAUAUGAGAAAAUCAAAUAUAUUUAUAGCAUUUGUCCAAACGGAUGUAUGAGCGCGUUUCCCCAUACUUAUAUAGUGCACAUUUAAAAUGCAAAUCGUUAUUCAUGUGAAUAUAUUUUCUGAGGAAUCAAAUAAAAAUCGUUUUCGAGAGAAACGGAGUGGAAGUCGAAACUCAGACCUUCAUUUUCAUGACGUCAUAAUUUGAUAUGUUUCUGUGUAUACGCCUAUCUUAUAACAUAAUUGCUUUGUUUAUCAAAACAUUUCUUUUUGGGUCUGUAACAAGAUGUCAGUUCUAACAACUUCAUCUUUUAAUUUUCUGUGCCAUCUAAUAAAGCAUAUCAUGAAUAAAAUUUGCAAGGAAA